AUGGCGUCAACAGUCAAGCAUAUUUCAAGUAAAAAGGAGUUUGAGGAUCUUCUCAAAGGCGAUAAACUCGUCGUAUGUGAUUUCUAUGCUACUUGGUGUGGACCUUGCAAAGCCAUUGCCCCGAAAUUAGAAGCUUUGGCAAAGGAGCAUACUGAUGUUGUAUUCGCCAAAGUCGAUGUAGACGAAUUGGAAGACCUAGCUCAUGAACAUGACAUAUUAGCGAUGCCCACAAUUGUUCUUUUCAAAAAAGGCGCUUCUGUAGGUCGCUCGAUUGGAGCCGCUAUCGAAAAGGUGAAGACUGAAAUUGCUAAACAUUCAAGUUAA